AUGAUCCUUCUCCUCUGUCUAACCUCCUGUGUUCUCACGGUUUCAGGUAAUAAAGUCUCUUUUUUCUCACAUAUCUGUUAUUUGUUUUUGCAGACUUUCAAUGCCACCACUGUUUUAAAGUCAGACUUCUUCUUCUCUUUGUUCUUGUACGAGCAGUGAUUGUAUGUUAUUGUUGUUUUCACAGGUUUCUCCUCCAGCAAAGUAGUCACCCAGACACCGAGUAACAUUUACACAAAGCUGAGUGAUCCAGCGAGCGUGGACUGCAAACACGAACUACAACAUUUUGACCGAAUCCUCUGGUACAAACAACUGGAGAACAAACAGAUGCAGUUCCUGGGAUACAUGGGCGCCAUGUUUGGGUAUCCUGAGGAUGAAACUAAAGUGAAGAUCCAGGGGAACGCAAAAGCGAACCAGAAAUGCACACUGAGAAUUUUAAAGGUUGAUCUGAACAGCAGUGCGGUGUAUUUCUGUGCUGCAGCUUACCACACUGCUGCACCUCGAUGCUCUGUAACACAAAAACCUCCACUUUAUCUAAAAGAGAUAUCGCACAGCCUGCUGCUCCCACUGGGCGUUAUUACCACGGCUUUGAUGAACGCUAACAUGAGGGUUAGAAUGAGGGGAGGAGGAAACAUCUAUGACACCUCCCAUGUAAGCACUUCCUGUUCAGAUAGAAAAUAAAUCCACGGUCAUGACUUCGACUCUGAAUAUGACAGACAUGAACCACAACAUGAUCGUCCUCCUCCUGAUCAAUCAUGUGAUCAUCUAUCUGGCCUCAGGUAAUGAUAGGAAACCUUUUUAGUGCUCAGAUUCUGACAUGAUUAAGGUGCUGCUGUAACUAAACCUCAUCACAUUAGAAAAUAAUGAGCUCGUUCUUCAUCGUCUUUCUCUCCACAGGUUCCUCUCUCAGUGAGAAAGUCACCCAGACUCCAGACAACAUUCACAGAAAACCAGGAGAAACUGCAAAAUUUAACUGCAGCCAUGAAAUUGACAACUAUAACGUCAUCCUUUGGUAUAAACAGUCAGAUGGACAGCUGA